UACGCGUUCUACCUAUCCUCUUAGUCCCCAUCACAUUUGAUGCUACCACUUACUCCAUACUCAACAUUUAGAAUCUAUGUAAAAACAGAAAAAGAUGGCGCAACCCGUAUUUACCGUUGAGUCUCAGGAAUCUAUCGCCAAAAAGGCCCAAGUCAACUUGUUGCCUUGUCGCAUACAUCAUGAUGGUGACGUCAAUCCGAUCGAUACAUAUUGGAAUCCGCAGGAUGGUCAAGACCAAACAAAAACGGCCUAUCUUAGAGGCCGGAAACUUCAGGGCAAAAUCGUAAAAUUACCAAACGGUUAUUAUGGUACCGUCGUUGAGAAGUCAGAGCCAAAGAAGCCCGAGACGUCAAGCGAUGAAGAAGAAAUGACCGAGGUCAUUGAAAUACGAGACGACGAAGACGAACAACUCGAAAUGGGUGCAAUGAAAGGGAGGGCGACGUUUGAUGAACUCAUGAUCUGGAAUCACGAAUCCCUAGCCAAUUCUAGUGAAGACCCCUAUCUAAGAGGCAUGGAGGAAUGGAUAUCCUUUGCAGAGCAGGUCUGUCCAACUACACAUUGAGUAUAAGACUUAAAAGAUUCUAAUUAAUUAUCUGCAGAUACAUUCAUACCCGUCUGAGAAGCCUUCAGACAAGUAGCUAAACAAAAUAAUAUCAAGGUUGAUUCCAUGUAUAUACAUAGACAAGUUGACAUCCAUAGCAUGUGAUAGGAUAAGGUACUAUAGGACACCGUGUA